CUGCAUUCGCAAAACAGAUCUCGGUUCGUGGCUAUCGGAGUCGGUCGCACGCAUUCAUCGUGUCGGAGUUACAGUUUUUCGAAUAGUGAAGCGCCGUGUGUUUAAUUUUAUUUAUAAUAUCCAAGAGUAAAAAUCCACUAAUCAGCGAAAGUAAAAUUAAUACUAGCACUUGUAGUUGGUGAGGUGCGAUUUGGAUUAAUUAUCUCAAUCGUGUGUAUGUAAAGGUGUGUGUGUGGUCAGUGCGAGCAGUAACGGAGUUUGAAUUCCCAGUCGUCUGGCACCGCAUGCAUGGUGAAGGUAGAAUAAGUGAAGGGUUACCAGUGGGAGAAGGAAUCAACGUCUAUCAAACUGGCGGGGUGACAGCGGAACGUAGAAAAUCGUUCGUCGCAUUCAUUGUCAAAGGAUUAAAGUGAAAUUUUCGGUACGGGGUAGCGAGUGUCAACAAAGCGUAAACAAAGGAGCGAUAUUCGUCGAAAGGAAAAGUUUCAGACGGAUGAUAAGGCAGAAAAGCUUGCAAUAAAAAUUUCACCAGCGCGCAACGAGACAACGCGAGUGGGAACAGUUCUUAUCACCUUUGAAAGACGAAGUUUUAUCCUUCGUCAAAGCGGCAACAAACAAAGUGGAAAGUGAAGCAUCAACGUUUCGGGCGAUAAAGUGCGAAAGCGCUAAAUUCUCACACGAGCUCCAGGAUAGGAGUAAACUUCAAAGUUUUGGAUGCGUGAAUUAUUCAUUGACGCACCAAGCCAUUGAGUUCAUCUACCGACGGUAGGAACGGAAGAGUAAAUACUCGAGAUCUACGUUAAGCCAAUCAGGUUGAUUUGAUUCUGAACUGUGUGGGGGGGAAAAGCGGAAAAAAGAAGAAGUGAAAAAGGUAUCUGUACCACAGGAAGUGCUUACAUCUCGGUUCCCGGUGAGCGUUUUUUUGUGAGUGUGGAAUAAGGUGAUUAAGUGGAUGAUAGCAAAACCCAGAGCGGUGAGUGAAGUUUGAGACGAAGCUAAAUAUAUCGGUGAAACCUGUAAUAGAUAGUCAUCCUGGAGCAAAAGAAGCUGAUGUAGCAAAAGUGAAAGCACCGCUGCAUAAUUGGUUGUUGUUCAUCGUUAAUGUGAAAAAUAAAACGUCGAAAAACCAUCAGCCGAACCGAUUAGUCUUCCGCCGCAGUGGAUAUUUGUGAAAAAAAAAAAACAAGUGCGACCGCGGAACCAAAACACGGUUGACCGGUAACGGAAAGUACUCCUAAGAGGAUUAUAAUCUAGCCGGAAGGCGGACGACGACGACGACGAUAAUCGGGCGUGGGGAAACCAGAAGGCAUACGGCAACCCAGUCACAAAGAGCUUGAAUAAAACAAAGGACAAGCCAGCGGCGUCGCACAAUAAGCGCCACUGUUGCAGACCAUCAUCAUUUAUCGUUGGCAACUUCGUCAGCAGGUUUUCUUUUUUAUAACAAAAAGGAUUCACCAUACUUGCAUCUACCCCCACCAAAGCCCAGUCCUCCCCCAUUGUCAAAGUCUUCCUAUCAAAAUAAUCCCCUCCAAUGCUAAUCCUGGACACACCGUCGGAUGCAAACAACCGGGUGCAAUCCUUUCCGUCAUCAAACCCAGCGGCUGUCUCGACGGCUGUUGCCCAGAAUCGAUUCCCGGUAGAAGCCGUUUCAGCUUCGUCAAACCCGGCUGACGUUGGUCAAGUGGCUGUGUUUCGAGCCAGCGAACAGUUGUCCGGUUCCGUCUCCGGUGGAAUUAUCGCCAGCAGCACCUCUAACCGAGUAGACACCGACACCAGCAGCAGCGGAAUGACCACCGUAGCGGCCGUUACUGCAGCCGCUAACAAGGCGGUGGCCGCCCUUAUGGAGUACCGCCAGAGACAGGCGGCCCAGCAUCAGCAGCAACAGCAGCAGCAGACCAAUAACCAGAUGGUCCAGGGGAUGGGACCAUUUCCGGGAGCCGCCGGUUUUCCACCGACAAUGACACAGACCGGCCUCGGUACCGAUGGCUUAUCGGUACAGGUCGUCAAAGGUGCCGGUGCAACCGGCGGUGGAGGUGGCGGUGGCGGUUUAUCGGCGGCUGUAGCUUUGGCCGAGCAUCCACUCAGCAGUUUAAAGCAACAGCAGGAACUCAGUCAACAUCAGCACCACCACCACCAUCAGCAGCAGCAGCAGCAGCAACAACAACAACAGCAGCAGCAGCAACAACAGCAAGCUGUAGCAGCUGCAGCCGCCGCUCAACUAGCCAGCUCACAGUCGCUCAGAAAUAAUCCGCUCGCAUUCCAGACUGUCAGCCAGUACAGCUCCCCAUCAGUAUUAGGCGUACCACCGGGAAGCGUCCCGCCACCCACAUCACUAGCGGCCGCUUCGCUGGCGUCGCUUUCGUCGGCGGUAACCAACAGCAGUAACAGCAGCAUCUUCAGUACGGCCAGUGGCAUCACCAGGGAUAGCCCCGUUACCAUCGGUACCACAGCCGGAACCGGAUCUUCAGCGGUCAGUGCCAUCACCAGCGGAGCAGGAAUCUCAAACGGAAUUGAACAGCAGACUGUUAGUAUUAAGACCGAAUUAUUGCAGCAGACGGAACCAGAAACACAAGUCUCAAGUGCCAACAACAGCAACAGCAGUACCACACCGUCGUCGGAGGUCACCUCGGCCGUGGUCAGUUCGAUAGUCGCCGCCGGAAGUCCUGCCAGCUGCAGUAGUAGUCCUGGCGGCGCUGGUGGUGGAAUCGGGAGCAGCAGUGGUCUUACGACCACGGGUUGCAGUACCAUCACGACGACGACCACCGGAACGGCAGCGCUGAAUACGGCCGCCGCACAGCAACUGUCAGUGGUCACGGCAGCAGCAGCCGCAGCUGCCGCGGCCGCCGCCCAGAACCAAGCUGCUGCCCAACAGCAGCAGCAACAGCAAGCUCAGAGUAUGGCCGCCGUGUUGGCCGGAGCCAACGCACUGGCCGAAGCCAAAGGACAGCCCAAGCGGCUACACGUGUCGAACAUACCGUUCCGAUUUCGGGACCCGGAUCUGAGGUCCAUGUUUGGGCAAUUUGGAACCAUCCUGGAUGUGGAGAUCAUCUUCAACGAACGAGGCAGCAAGGGAUUCGGUUUUGUAACAUUCGCUAAUAGUAGCGAUGCGGAGCGAGCACGCGAACGUCUUCACGGCACUGUGGUUGAGGGACGCAAGAUUGAGGUCAAUAAUGCAACCGCACGAGUUCAGAGUAAAAAAGUUCCUGCUGUUUCGAGCGUUUUCCUGGCAAAACCUGGCGCUGUAGCGGCUCCUCAUCUGGCAGCGGUUUGCGUACCAUGGCCACCAGAAGGUUAUCGCCUGUCGAUGGGCGCCUGGCCGUGGUUAGGAGCAACGGCAGCUACCGUCGGUGCCACCGGUGCUCCUACGGCACAUCUAGCCGCAGCAGGAGCUCCCACAUCGGCCGCUGCCGCCGCCGCAGUAGCGGCUGCAGCUGCAUCCAAUCCGGCAGCUGCGGCAGCGGCAGCAGCAGCCGCCAACCAGAUGCCGAAUGCAGCGGCCGCCGCAGCAGCAGCCGCGUCUCCUCUGCUAAUAGCCCAGGCUGCCCAGCGCGCUGCGGCUGCCGCCCAACGGCGAAGUGUGUACUUUGAUCCAUACUUGGCAGCAGCGGCAGCAACAGCGGACCAGAACUAUCGUCUACAGGCGGCCAAACCAGUGACGGAAGUUCAAGCGCAACCGACUCUCUUGAAUGCACAGCCGUUACUCAAGACGCCUCUCUCUCAGGCUCAGCAGGCCUACAAUGCCGCCACGUACACGGCUGUAGCCGCUAGAGCAGCUUAUGGAGCAGCAGCCGCAGCGCAGCCCGCCGUAGCCGGAUAUGCCACAGUUGCAGGAUACGGACGGGAAUAUGCUGAUCCAUAUUUAGGACACGGAAUCGGACCGGUUCCCGGAUACGGGGCAACCAUGUACCGAGGAACCUACAAUCGAUUUGCGCCAUAUUAGAUUUAAGUCCGCAUGUUUACUCUCUAUUACUGAAAACCAUAUAAGAAAAGCGCACGAAACCCGCUCUCUCCGAUUCGGCCGUUAGGUGGGAUAGCAGAUGGCAGCGGCCAUGCAGCAACCGGAAUCAAGGAUCGAUACCAAAGUUGUAGCGAACAGGUGACGUGGCCUACAACAAUAUUAAGCUCAGUCUUCUACUACAGCAGAAAGAACACAGACAGUAGAACAAAUAAUCUCUCUUUCGCGCACUCUCUAGUAAUACGUUACGUACGGAUACAGUUUUUCGCUCCCCUAGAAUGUAAGGAUAAAAGUUGUAGAGAUUCCCGAUCAUGAGAAGUAAAGUUUUUUCCUUCGCCCCCUCCCGCGUUUAUAAACACGAGGAUACACACACACGGACCAGAACAAAUGCUUCUCCAGCAGCAACAAGAAUGAUAUUAGUUCCUUUUUACACUUGUUUAAACACAAUCAGCCUCCGGACGCAUUCAGAAAUCUUCCAUUUAUUUUGUUGAAUAUAGUUAAUCGUUCCAGGAUAGAUUACAGGUUCCAUGAACUGUCCAUAGAGUUGAUAGUCAGUUUAGAAUGCUAGAAAAGUUUUUUUCAUUCAGAAUUACACAUUACGCGAGGAGAUAUUACUACAGAUUUGAAGGAAAGGAAACAAAUAUUGAUAAAAGAACAAAUUGAGAUUUUUGUAGAAUGUUAAAAGUCAUUGCUUAACCUCCUAGAUUUUUUUUUUGUUCCGUCAGCAGAACGCUUGUUCGGCUCUCGGAAGGAGGGACAGUCAGUCAAAGUAAAGAAAAUAAAAAUGUAAGGAAAAUACGAAUGUUGUCGAACAAAUCUGAAUGCACAUGCAUGUAAGGUGGGAUGAGUUGUUGAAGUACUAGAAACAGCUGCAGCUAUUGCGUCAAAAUCUAGUACUGCACCAGUGGGAAACAAUGCUGGAGCUCUCUAGCAGCUCAUAGCUCCACACAGAAUGAUUUUACAUUAAAAUUGUUCAACUCGUACCAAGCACACAAGCGGACAAAACAAGCGUAACGACCUUCAUACAACACGUAUAUAACACAAAACAAGAAAGCAGCCAAAGUUAUCGACUAACAACUAACCCGAGUUCAGUUAAGAGAACUUAUAUACCACAAUUGAAAACACAAACACACACAAGAAGUAAAAUAGUCAAGUAAUCAAAGUAAACCCAUCUACACUAAGUAAGAAAAACCCCGUUAGUUAUUUAGUGUUUGCUUCCAGUGAAUUAUAAAUUGAGAAUCACAGUAGACAGUGAGGCUUUUCGCUGGUUAAAGAAAGUGGUACCUAGGAAUGCUUAUUCGGCAGCUUCAGAUUUUUGACAUCUCUUCCUGUGAAUGCGAAUGCUUUGACGCACAAUGUGUUACGGUAAUCCCAGAACUAAAUAGCGUUCGAACAAACACAAAUACAAUAUACACCCAUACACAAGUUCAUACAGAUGAAUAAUACUCAAAAAUUAACAAACUCAGCUCCCAAACGUUGCGCUCGACUAACGACGCACAAAAUCUAGUUACAAACAAAGCGAAUAUGAAUUUACAAUUAUAUUUCUUCAAUGAGAUUAGGUUCCACGCUUCCUAUUUGCAGUCUUUCUGUUCUUCACUCCUCAUCGCGUUAACCAGUGACCGGUUAUAACAGUGUCAAUUUACUACUAUUUAUAUGCGAUAUAAGCUGAUAUUUCCUUUAUUCUCUUAAGUCAUACGGAAACAUAUUACUGUAAGUGCUUAUUUUUUAAGGGUCACCAUUAAGUGAACGGAAAUGUGAAACGAGUCAUCACACACAAAAUAAAAUCGAAACAAAUCACACACAUACAUACAGAAAUACAAAAUGCAGAUCUGUUAGAGGUAGUUAGCUCUAAUUGUUCAGGGCAUUAUUCUGUAAUAUUCUAAGAAUUUAAACCUCGAAUCGAACCAGUUCCCGACGUGAAAGCAAAUCGACGCAUUUAUUUUGUCGAGUAAGAAUUUGACGAACGAAAAACAAACACACACAAAGUAUUAAACUUUUUUUUUGCUGGGCAAUUGUUAUUCUUCUACUUACACUGAAUAAAAUAUUUCUAGUUGUUGAAUAAUGAAAGUUCCCCAGUACUGGAGGGCUUGAUACUUUGAAUACUUAUUUCAAAACUUUUAAAUAUCGAUCGAAAUUACCAAAGAUCUGUUUAGUGUCGAAUUGUCUUCAGUUAGAUUUUAUUUUUCCUUAACUUUGCUCGCACGCAACAGCAACUCUUGUUUCACGAUAAACUAUCUAAACGGGAACAUACAUUACAAAGGAAACAGAAAAUCCACCAAUUUUGUGAACAAAUUAGAGACAAAAAAAACACAACAGUAGGCGAAGAUCGACAGAAAAACCAAACCAAUAGGACCGUCUUUAUCGUAUGCUUAAAUUAGUGAUUACACGUAGAACAAAUCGCAGCAGGCGGGAAACCAGAGCGUAGGUGGUGGUAGAAAGAGAAAGCAAAACAAAAAGUGCAUCUCCAAGAGUGCGCAAGCCAUAUUCGAUGUAAGGUCGCACAGACGUGUUUUUUAAACUGGUUUAUAAGUUUUCGUUUUAGUUGGUUAUAUUUUUUGUUCGUUUUUUUUUACCGUGUAGAUUAGAACUUUUAAAGUACGUCUGCCGUACGCAGGUAAACAAAAACAUUAUAUUCUAGUGAUAAAUGUAGGAUUUUUCUUAAUCUUGUUCUUCUGCAGCAGCUGUAAAAAGCGUGCUUCGAAUCGAGCUUACAAUGCUUUAUGCGUUUGACUAUUGUUUUUUUCUAUGACACUAUCUUCCCAUUCUGGUCGAAUGAAACAAACUGUGAGUAUGUAUCAGUUUUUUUCUAAUAACAGUAAUUCUCAAAUGUAGCUUCCCUGUUUGAUGGAGAUUUUUGUACCGAAAAAUGUUCGUAUGUGUCGAUUCUGUAAAUAGUUGAGUGUCUAUAUUUUUGUCUCCCUACAGAAAACGAAAUAAUACCAAGAUAUUUUCAUGCCUCAGCAACACGAGGUAUGACAUGUUUUAGAUGUUCUAAACUAAAAGAAAAGGAAUACGCAACGGUCAGUCAGCAAAAUUUAGCGAAAAUUAGAGCAGCUUGUAGCUGCUGACUCGAAGCAAAAAUCAAAUCCAGCUAAACAGAGCAGUGAAGUAGCUUUAAACUAAACUCUUCCACUCGAGACAGAGAUUUUUAGAAAUUCACACACAAAAACAAAACAUCACAUUAACGCAUACACAUACACACAAAUACAUUCGCCAAGAACAAACUAGAGAAAAAAAAAUCCAGUUACGGUCUGAAUGAGUAUAACAAAAUAUAAAAGCGAAACAAAAGCGCUGAAUGGUAAGCUCAAGUAUAUUUUCACAAAAUAUAAAUAACCUUAGUGCAUAGAAAGGUCAAUAACAAUUACAAAAAUUAAAAAAACAAAAAAAAACAGAAUCUAGUACUAGAAGUAAUUUUAAAUCCAAACGAGAAAGUCUAGAAACUUCUCAUUUUCGCCAAAUUAUUAUUACUAUAAUAUAAACAAAAGUAUAUUAUAAUUAUGAACUUUAAUCAUAAUGUUUCUGAAGGAAAUGUCAGCAGAACCUAUGCGAGAGAGCAAAACAACCCAUGAGCAAAGCAACCAAAAAGAAAGCCGGUGAAAUAGAAAACUGCAGUAUACACAUGCAAGUAGACUCAAAAACCGUUACACAAUGACGCAAACAGAAUCAAAUAAUUCCUGUUUAUCUCCUUUUUCCCCUGAAAAGAAAAAAAACACUGGCAUAUGCAGUAGGGCAUUAGUCUACAGAUCCCUCAGAAAAACUUUCCAAAAAAAAACCGCGCAAAGUUCUAGAAAAAAAAGGCGGAAACCGCAAAAACCCAGAAAACAAAAAAGUCAUCUUUGAAAAAUCUUUUAGGAACGCCAGGAUACACAAAUCUAUUGAAAGUAAACAAAAAAAAUACCACACGUUCUUAUUAUUUUGUAAUAAAAUCUCGUAAAAUGCCAAAAAAAAAA